AUCAACUUCUACUUCUUCUACGCAAGUGGAGAAUGGAAAAAGGGUUUCUCCAACCUUGUCAGUCUCUCCUGCCAGAAAACUCUCGACUAAGGCAUCGACGAAGCAGGUCUUGGAAAGAAAGAUGCUACCUCUUCUCGAUGGUGCAUUGUCUAGCUUCUUGCUGCGGGCUGCAAAACAAGUACUUUCGGAAACAGCCGAAUUAGAUUCUAUGUGCUUUGCCGCCCAUGAUGCACCAGACGCGCAGCAUGGAAAGACCGAAGAUCCUCCAGCCUUCAGUAGAAGUCUUGAACCACUAGUAUCAGAUGCACAGACAGUAACAGAGUCCCGAAAUGAAGUAGACCCCAACCACACUGCAAGAGCAUCAACAUCAGCAUCAGCGCCCGGAGCCUUUGCUCUAGAUGCGGACUUUUUUGCACCAAGCGAACUGGAUCCACCUUCGUCUGGUGGUGACAAUAGUGGAAGAGGAAGCACGACCGCGUCAACGUUAGCCAGCAACAGUAUGGACCGCAUCUUGGCACGGGAACUCGCGAUUCUCCAGCAUGAUCGUUUACGCGUCGUCGUAGAGUAUUACAGCGGUUUGGCGAUUCCCGAUGAAAUUUGCAAAGUUCUAGAGCUCUUUCCUCCUGUGAACUCUUUUUUGCAGAUACGCAAGUAGCAUGACAAACGUUGAUAGUUGGUGUGUUCUACUUACUAUGUUCUUGAAGUUGAUGAAGCCGUUGUUGACAGCACGAAACUCACGCUACGCAAUGCACAUAGUGAAACUCCUUACCAACCAUAGAAGGAAGUAGUGUAUCUACUGUACUAGAAGUGCAACUGUUACAUCUUCCGACACCACGCGAAAGCCGUAUUAAGUCCAUCAACAACAGGGGACAAGUCUGAUGAAACAAGUAUGUCUCUGAAGUGAAAAGGCCGCUUGUCUCC